GCGUGUUAAUGUUGUUGCGCGUGCAUAUAUGUGUGUCGAUAUCCCGGCAUCCAUCGCGACACCGCCCCUUGUAAACUCCCUGACGGUCCGAGGGGAGGCCUUGCUGCAUCAACAUACAUUAAAACUUGAUCCCUGUGGAAAUAUAACGAGGCCUUCUCUUGUGUGACAAUGGAUCCAUCAGAAAGCACUACAAACAACCACACCCUGAACUCAACAGGAGGUGGGUAUCCCUGGGAGGUCAGCGACAAGGCCAGACUGUGCCGCUUCCUCUGCUUCGGCUCAGAGGGAGACAUGUAUACCGCCAGGGAGGAGGGUCGUGUCAGCUUGGAGAACGCCGGAGCCCUGCUGUCCUUGCUUCAGGAGGGCCGAGGUUCGGAGGUGGUGGAGGAGAUAAAAAGAUUCACUCAGGAUGGGCGAGCUGUCAGACUGGGUCCCUCCCUUUUCGCCCUGGCUCUGUGCUCCCAACACUCAGAGCUGAAGACCAGGCAGGCUGCGUUCAAAGCCCUGAAGGAAGUUUGCCGGGACCCUGCCCAUCUGUUUUCCUUCAUCCAGUAUAAAAAGGAACUAAAAGAGGGCAUGAAAUGUGGGAUAUGGGGACGUGCCCUGAGGAAGGCCGUGUCUGACUGGUACAAUGACCAAGAUGCCAUGAGUCUUGCUGCGGCUGUGACCAAAUGUAAACAGAGAGAAGGCUGGUCGCACCAGGACCUGCUCAGACUCUCCCACGCCAAACCAACCAGAGAUGCUAUCGCUUUGAUCAGCAAAUACGUAACUAAAGGAUGGAAGGAGGUCCAGGGUGCCUACGCAGACAAAGAGAACUCAGAGGAGGUUGUCAGGGUGCUUUCUUACCUUGAAGUGGUGGAAAAGGUCAAGCACAGCUGUGAUGAAACGGAGGUCGUCAAUUUAAUAGAGGAACACAAGCUGGAGAGGGAGCAGCUGCUGACGGACCAUCUCAAGUCCAAACAGGUAUGGAGAGCUUUACUGAAGGAAAUGCCUCUUCAUUCGGUGCUGAAGAUCCUGGGAAAAAUGACAUCAAACAAAAUGCUGGAACCGGGAAGCUCAGAAACACAGAUUAUAUGUGAUAGACUUCAGAGUGAGUCAGCUCUAAAGAAGGCCAGGAUCCACCCGCUCAGCAUACUGUUGGCUUCAGAAAACUACAAACGAGGCCAAGGCUAUCAGGGUAAAACAAGAUGGGAACCAGACAGCUGCAUCCUUAAAGCCAUGGACUCUGCCUUUUACAAAAGUUUUAUGAAUGUGGAGCCUGUAGGUAAACGUGUCCUGGUGGCGGUAGACGUGAGCACGUCUCUGAACAGCGUGGUCCCAGGAUCAGCCGUCAGCACCGCUGUCGCUGCUGCAGCCGUAACCAUGAUUUUUAACCGGACAGAGGCAGACACGCAUGUGCUGGCCUUCUCUGAAGGAGCUGUGGUUCCAUGCUCUGUUUCUGCUCGCAUGACUAUUGCUGAAGCAACUGCUGAAUUGGUUAAGAUCCCGAGCAGGAGCACAGACUGCACCCUUCCCAUCACGUGGGCUACAGAUAAUGGCAAAUCUGUCGAUGUGUUCAUCAUUCUGACCAACAACCCACUGUGGACGUUAGCUGCCAGUCCAGUGGAGUCUCUAAGGAAGCACAGACAAGCAUCAGGUGCCAAUUCCAAGCUGGUGAUGUGUGGGCUGACAUCCAUCGGACACGCCAUCGCAGACACAGAGGACAGGGGUUUACUGAGCAUCUGUGGCUUCGACCUCGGAGCUCUGAGUGUGAUCCAUAAUCUGGCCCAGGAUCUGAUCUGAUAAAGUACUAGGACAGUCUGAGUCGUUUCACAAGUACACAAAAAGAAAAAAAGAGAAGGCACAUAGUGGACCAACAUAGGCCACAAAAACGUGCCCCUGAAGGAGCACUAAUCCAAAAGAUGCUGACAUUUACAAUUCCACUUUCUCCUUUUGUAUUACAUUGCUAUAAGUCGACUGACGAAGUGUCCAGCGGGCUGGACAACUCUGGAAAUGUUACGUGCAAAUAUUUUGUGUCAGAUUUGUAAAGCAAGUGCUAAGACAGGGUAUGUUGUUGCCUAUUUACUGUCAGAGUCUAUAUGAUGGACUGGAGAAUGCUUUUGUUGGGUUUGUUAGUAAGACCCUAAUGCUGCUCUUUUACAGCAAGGUAAUAGCAGAUUGAUGAGUCCGAAUGUUGAAGGCUUAGUUCAACAGUAGGCGGAUUUAAAGAUGGUUUCCUGUAGUUUUAUGUAUGUAACUAUGGUUAAGAGUUAGAAGGUUUGAUGUUACCGUUAGAUGAAGUUUAAACCCCUAAAGCUGGUCCCUCUAUUAUGUUAUGUAGCAUUAUUAUAAAUUAUUAACGUAUAUAUAAAAGAUAUAAGUUAAACAAAACACCAAAAGUCAACAGAACAGCUUGUUGCUGUCAUGUCUGUUAAAAUCUUUGUUUUUCUUUUUAAAUACUAACAUUUAAGGUUCCUUUUACUCAGACCUUGCCUUUUAGCUUAGUAUCUUUACUUUUUUGUAUUACAAUUUGUUUACCCCAAAUUUAUUGUAAUACUGAGUACUGUGUUCUGCUCCUAUUGACCCUUGGUGCCCUUUAACAUGGUGAUCUAUUGAUGGAGGGAAAUGUUUAGGUCAUGGGUCUUUUUUUUAAGGAGUUGUGGGGGUUCCUUUCUAAUGUUUAAGUUGGAAGAAAUUUUCUUAUAUGCAUAUUUUAGUCUGAAUUCUAUGCAUCACAAUUGGUACACUACUGUAUAAUUAUUCCAAGAAGGACAAAUCAGUUAUUCAUUAACUGUUUACCAUGACUGGGUCUGCUACGGUUAUGUUACUGUACCUUUAAUUUAAAAAUGUUUUGUUAUGCAAUAACUAACUGAUAAAUUGCUACCUUCAUGGCAUAAAAACAAACUGAAUGUACUUUUUUAAAGCAUUAAAUUAUGUAAAGUAACUGCUUUCUAUUUCAUACACAGAGAAAAUGGGGGGAAGAAAAUCACAGAUUUUUCAUUAACAUUAGCAUUAGCAUUAACAAUUCAUUUUGAGGGGAAUUCAAGCUAAUCGCAACAGUGGUGCUCAUGAUUUAGUCAACAGUAACUGCUGACAGCAUUCACUAAACUUUUUAAUCCUCAUUCAUUCUGGUGAAAUUUAUGAAGAAAAUAAACCCCAGACCAUGCAACUGUGAAGGAUCCUUUCAUACAUGCACAUAUUGUAAUUUUUAGGAAAUGUCCAGUCUUUUGGGCCUAAAGUUAAUAUGUUAUAUGUUAAGUAACUGUGCAAAAAUAACACUUACCGCAGCAUUUGUAGACCUGACAGGGGAGACAUAGUUACUCUGAGGUAUGGUAGUUCUACUGUGGUUAACUCCUUUUUCAUCAUAUUGUCUGUCAUAUCCAUUUCUUGAGUAUUUUGACUGUAGUGGCGAUGUAAUCCAAUCCCUAAUAAACAUCUUGCUGCUCUUUGAAA